CUGCAAGGAGAGAACUAGAAGAGGGAGAAAGUACUAUCAACCAAGGCAGCACCAAUGCAUCGGCUAACUUGGAGUAUACUGAUAAUUUUUCUGGCAUUAUUUGCAUGCCAUGUAAAGGGAAAAAGAGCUCAGCGAAGUGCUGACAGGCCCUAUCAAUCAUUGUUAUCUGUGGAUAAUGGCCAACGCUGGGGCACAUGGGGUCUUAAAGAAAUGUGUCCAUUGGGUUACUAUGCUGCAGGCUUCAGUCUUAAGGUUGCAGGUUACUGGGAAUCUUUGCUAGUUGGUGAUAACACUGCACUAAAUGGAAUUCGUCUUCACUGCGUUAACUCACUCGGAGGAUCAGGACCAUACUCUGACUAUGCCACAGUACAAUCAGACACCGGAAGCUGGGGUAAAUGGACAGAUAUUCAGUGGUGUAACUCUGGGAUGUUAAAAAGUUUUCAGCUACGUGUGGAGCCUUACCAAGGAACCGUGUGGGACGAUACUGCAGCAAAUAAUAUCAAGUUUAAAUGCGGUGGAAAUGAUGAGGAAAUUAAAGGUGCAGGAAUGUCUUGGGGUGACUGGGGCUCUUGGAGUGCCUCCUGUACCGGAAAAGGCAUCUGUGGAAUCCAGACAAUCGUUGAAGAACCAAGAGGCGUGGGAGACGACACAGCGCUGAACGACGUGCGAUUCUACUGCUGUGAAUAAAGUACAAAAUAGUU